AUGGGUUACGAAGACAAUCCGUAUCGUGACGAGGAUGGCGAACCGUUGAUGGACUAUGACGAUGUACAAUCUGACGGCGAAGCGACACCGGAGCCGCAACAGCUUGACGAUUUUGAGGAGGAAGAUGUUGACGAUUGGCGUGGCCGAGAGAGGUCACAAACUCCGGUGCAUGAUACUGAUUCGUCGAAAUCGAAGCCGAGGAAGAGGCUGAUUAAGAAGAGCGACACCGUGAAACACACAGGGAAACUGUCUGUUGCACCGGAACUUGAAGAUGAGUUGGAGGAGGAAGGUUAUCCGGGGAUGGCUGAUGAGGAAGAAGGGAGGAAGAGGAAGAAAGGGAAGGAUAUUGGAUCUGGGAAGAAGGAAAAGAGGCUGAAAGGGGAAAAGAGGUUUGGUGAAAGUAGCGGUGGAAAGAGUGGGUCCAGAUUUGGGGGUUCUAAGAAAGGGUUUGCUGGUAAGGCUGGGAAUGAUCAUGAUGGUGAAGUUAAGGAGAUGUGGGAUACAAUUGCUGGAGGGGAUUCUGAGGAUGAUCACGAGGGUAACAGGAAUAUGGAUGAUGACAACUUUAUAGAUGACACUGGAGUAGAACCUGCUUUAUAUGGUUAUGAUGAACCAAGAUCUCCCGGCGAUGCUCCUCAGGCAGAGGAAGGUGAGGAGGAUGAUGAAGUUAAGGAUCUUUUCAAAGUGGGUAGGAAAAAGAAGAAGAAUGAGAGGAGUCCUGCAGAAAUUGCUUUAUUAGUUGAGAAUGUCAUGGCUGAGCUUGAGAUUACAGCUGAAGAGGAUGCUGAACUUAAUAGACAGUUUAAGCCUGCUAUUAAUAAACUCAAGAAGUUGCCUCUUCUCCAAGAAGUCCUCUCAAAGAAACAGCUUCAACUCGAGUUUUUAGAUCAUGGAGUGCUAACUUUAUUGAAGAAUUGGCUUGAGCCACUUCCUGAUGGAAGUCUGCCAAAUAUUAACAUAAGGACAGCAAUUUUGAAGAUUUUGAAUGAUUUUCCCAUAGACCUAGAGCAGUUUGAUAGAAGAGAACAGCUGAAGAGGAGCGGUCUUGGAAAGGUGAUUAUGUUUUUAUCAAGAUCUGAUGAAGAAAUCAAUGUAAAUAGGAAAUUAGCCAAAGAUUUGGUUGAUAAAUGGAGCCGACCUAUUUUUAAUAAGAGUACUCGGUUUGAAGACAUGCGUAAUACUGAGGAUGAUAGGGCUCCAUACAGGAGGCCAUCUGUUAAAAAGCCAUCAAAUAAAGCUGCAGGGAUGGCAUCUAGAGAUGGCGAUCAUGAUUUGGAUCUUUCACAGCCUAGGGCUGGACAGUCGUCUUCCAGGCAACAUGCAUCAAGGCCUGAAGCAACACCUUUGGAUUUUGUGAUCCGCCCCCAAUCUAAAAUCGACCCUGAUGAAAUUAGAGCACGUGCGAAACAAGGUCCACAAGACCAGCAUCGAAUGAAGAUGAAUAAGAAAUUGCAGCAGUUGAGAGCACCAAAAAAGAAGCAGCUUCAGGCUACAAAACUGAGUGUAGAAGGUCGUGGUAUGGUCAAAUACUUAUAA